UUGGGGGUCUCAUUGAUAUGCAAAGCGACACUAAUACUUCUUCAAAGAAUAUGGAAAACAUGGAGGAGAAAAAGAGCAAUAAUAAUGUUGAAAAACAAAAGGGAGGGCUUAUUACAAUGCCCUUUAUUUUUGCAAAUGAGGUUUGUGAGAAGCUGGCUGUGGUGGGAUUUAAUGCUAACAUGAUUAGCUACUUAACUACUCAGCUUCAUAUGCCAUUAACCAAAGCCGCUAAUACCCUCACAAACUUUGGAGGAACUUCAGGCAUGACACCUUUGCUCGGUGCCUUCCUCGCCGAUGCUUAUGCCGGAAAGUUCUGGACUAUAACAGCCGGUUCACUCAUAUAUCUCAUCGGAAUGACGAUCCUAACUUUGUCAGCAAUACUUCCCCAACUAAGGCCACCACCAUGUAAGGGUGAUGAAGUGUGCCAAGAAGCUGGUACUGGUCAGUUGGCAAUUCUAUACAUAUCUCUCAUACUCGGAGCCCUAGGUUCGGGUGGUAUCCGACCCUGUGUCGCUGCAUUCGGGGCGGAGCAAUUCGAUGAAAAGGAUCCUAAUCAGACCACCAAGACAUGGAAGUAUUUCAAUUGGUAUUAUUUUGUUAUGGGGGUGGCAAUCUUGCUUGCUGUGACUGUUCUUGUUUAUAUUCAAGAUAAUAUUGGAUGGGGAUGGGGACUUGGAAUUCCGACCGUGGCAAUGUUUAUCUCAGUAGUUCCAUUCAUUCUUGGUUACCGGCUUUAUCGAAACUUGGAUCCGGCUGGGAGUCCGUUUACCCGGUUGGUUCAAGUAUCCGUGUCCGCAUUCAAGAAAAGAAAUCUAUCAAUUUCCGACCCGAAGGUUUUAUAUCAGAAUGAUGAGCUUGAUGCCUCUAUUUGCAUAGAUGGAAAGCUUAUUCACUCUGAAGAAAUGACAUUUCUUGACAAGGCAGCAAUUGUGACAGAAGAAGACAACGUCAAAUCACCAAAUCUUUGGAGAUUAAACACAAUUCAUCGAGUGGAAGAGCUGAAAUGUAUAAUCCGAAUGGGACCGAUAUGGGCUGCCGGGAUUCUCCUAAUCACAGCGUAUGCCCAACAGAGCACAUUCUCCCUUCAACAAGCAAAAUCAAUGGACAGGCACUUAACCAAGUCCUUUGCUAUCCCCGCCGGCUCCAUGUCCGUCUUCACCAUGUGUUCAAUGCUUGGCACUAUAGUGUUCUACGAUCGCGUCUUCGUUCCUAUGGCCCGGAAAUUCACUGGACUCGAUCGUGGCAUAACGUUUUUACACCGAAUGGGAAUCGGGUUUGUCAUAUCAAUCCUAGCCACCUUAGUUGCCGGAUUCGUCGAAGUGAAGAGAAAACAUGCUGCAUUGGAUCAUGGACUCAUGAAUUCUCAUCAAACAAUCCCCAUUUCAGCUUUAUGGCUAGUGCCGCAAUAUAGUCUACAUGGUAUGGCAGAAGCAUUUAUGUCAAUUGGGCACUUGGAGUUCUUCUAUGACCAGGCACCGGAGAGCAUGAGGAGUACUGCCACUGCAGUUUUCUGGACUGCAAUUUCAGUUGGGAAUUAUGUGAGCACAUUCCUGGUUACAAUGGUGCACAAGUACACUGCAGGGCCUAAUGGAUCGAAUUGGCUACCGGAUGAUAACUUGAACAAGGGGAAAUUGGAGUACUUUUAUUGGUUGCUUACGUUGUUGCAAGCUGUUAAUCUUAUCUAUUACUUAUGGUGCGUGAAGAUUUACACUUUCAAGCCUAUCCAGAUACACAGUAGAGAAGCAGAGGAAUCUAAGGAUAGUGUGGUAGAACUUGCCAACAAAGUUUAAUUAGUUGGAGAACACUAAGACAUCCUGCUUUACUGAUGUGGUCAUUACUUCAAGUGAUUGAGCCUGUAUAGGGGUAUGUUCAUUGUAGGAGAGCUUGUACUUUGAAUGUAUAAUUAGUGUACUAGAAAUAAUGAGAGAUGGCAUCUUGUUACACAAAUCUCAAAUCUCUAUUAUGAAAUAAUUUAGAUACCGUUUGCA